AUGGAGUUUGGGUCUUUUCUUUUGUCCUUAGGGACAUCUGCAGUUAUCUUUGUCGUUCUCAUGUUUCUCUUCUCAUGGCUUUCUCGGAAAGAAGGAAACGUUUCGAUUUACUACCCGAAUCGGAUCCUUAAAGGUAUGGAUCCAUGGGAAGGUAGCUCCUUGACCAGAAACCCAUUUGCUUGGAUCCGUGAAGCUUUCACUACCUCUGAACAAGAUGUUGUUAACUUAUCCGGUGUCGAUACUGCCGUCUACUUUGUCUUCUUGAGCACUGUUCUUGGGAUAUUUGCUUUGUCUGGUGUUCUUCUGUUGCCGACUCUACUCCCUUUAGCUGCUACAGACCACAAUAUAAAGACCAAUGCAAGGAAUGCGACAGACACCACAAGCAAAGGAACUUUUAGCCAACUUGAUAAUCUAUCAAUGGCUAACAUCACAAAAAAGAGUUGGAGGCUAUGGGCGUUCCUAGGAGCGGUUUACUGGGUAUCUCUGGUCACAUAUUUCAUGUUGUGGAAAGCUUAUAAACAUGUUUCUACAUUGAGAGCUCAAGCUUUGAUGUCUGCUGAUGCAUUGCCCGAGCAAUUCGCUAUUCUUGUUAGGGAUAUACCUUCCCCACCCAACGGGCAGACACAGAAAGAGUUCAUUGAUUCUUUCUUCAGAGAAAUAUACCCCGAGACAUUCUACAGAUCGCUUGUCGUAACAGAAAACAGCAAGGUUAAUAAGAUAUGGGGAGAUUUAGAAGGUUACAAGAAGAAGCUUGCGCGUGCAGAAGCAAUAAAUGCAUCGACAAAUAAACGACCGACGAACAAAACUGGAUUUCUUGGGCUAGUAGGUAAACAAGUAGACAGCAUUGAGUAUUACACCGAGCUAAUCAAUGAAUCUGUAGCCAAGCUAGAAACAGAGCAGAAAGCUGUUCUUGCUGAGAAGCAGCAAACCGCAGCAGUGGUUUUCUUCACCGACCGAGUUACUGCUGCUUUAGCAGCUCAAUCUCUACACUGCCAGAUGGUCGAUAAAUGGACAGUGACUGAAGCUCCUGAGCCUCGCCAGCUCAUCUGGAAGAAUCUCAAGAUCAAGUUGUUCGGUAGAAUUAUCCGGCAAUACUUGAUCUACUUCUUAGUUGCAGUGACCAUUCUGUUUUACAUGAUCCCAAUCGUGGCCAUCUCUGCAAUCACCACUCUUAAGAAUCUCCAGAAGCUUCUUCCGUUCAUAAAGCCAGUUGUGGAUAUAACAUUCAUAAGAACCAUUUUGGAGUCUUACCUUCCUCAGAUUGCGCUCCUCGUUUUCUUGGCGAUGUUGCCUAAGUUUCUCUUGUUCCUCUCCAAAGCCGAGGGGAUUCCUUCGCAGAGCCACGCCAUCAGAGCUGCCUCGGGCAAGUACUUCUACUUCUCAGUCUUCAAUGUCUUUAUUGGUGUAACCCUUGGAGGGAGUUUGUUCGAGACAUUGAAGAUAAUCCAAAAGGAUCCUAACUCCACUGUAACCAUUUUGGCAACUAGCCUCCCUAAGAGCGCGACUUUCUUCUUGACCUACGUUGCUCUCAAGUUCUUUGUCGGUUAUGGCCUAGAGCUGUCUCGGAUCAUACCUUUGAUAAUAUUCCAUCUGAAAAAGAAGUAUCUCUGCAAAACUGAAGAUGAGGUCAAAGAAGCUUGGUACCCGGGAGACUUAAACUACGCGACUAGGGUUCCCGGAGACAUGCUCAUCCUCACAAUCACAUUCUGCUAUUCCGUAAUCGCUCCGCUAAUCCUCGUAUUCGCAGUGGUCUACUUUGGUUUAGGCUGGCUCAUCCUCAGGAAUCAGGCGUUGAAAGUGUACGUUCCAGCGUAUGAGAGUUACGGAAGGAUGUGGCCGCAUAUUCACACGCGCAUACUAGCGGCAUUGUUUCUAUUUCAAGUGGUUAUGUUCGGCUACUUGGGAAUCAAGUUAUUCGUCUGGGCAAUACUCUUGGUCCCUCUCGUCGUCAUCUCUCUCCUCUUCGGAUACGUGUGCCGCCAGAAAUUCUACGGAGGGUUCCAACAUACUGCUCUCGAGGUGGCUUCCCAUGAACUGAAGCAGAAUCCAAACCUCGAAGAGAUCUUCAAAGCAUACAUUCCGCAUAGCUUGAGCUCUCACAAAGGAGAAGAUCACCAGUUCAAAGGAGCAAUGUCUCGUUACCAAGAUUAUGCUGCAAUAUCAGCUGCUUAA